CCUACGAGACAGAUUGAAGAGACAGAGCGAGAGAGGCAUACUGGCGACUAGAGUUGAGACUCGAGAGGGCCGUUGGGACGGCAUCAAGGGCUCACGGCGGGCUCCUCUUCAUCGUCACUGGCAAUCCAAUCAUAACAAGGUAAUAACUCCAAGGAGCCGUUGGAGUAACUCCUCCUCAAUGUGUCCUUCUUGUAUAACGGGUGUCAGUUUGACUUCCCACGCCCGUCUGUCUUCUUUUAUAAGCAUUUGUUUUUUGUAUAAAAACUCUUCCCCCUCAUUCUUUUAUUUUUUACUGUCCCAUCAAUCAUGUCUCACCACUUCUCCUGGUACGUUCUCUUACUAAUUUUUUUUUAAACCCUAGCAACAGGGGAGGCCGAGGUGGGGCACCUCGGCUUAGAGCCGAGGCGUAACCACAGUGGGGGCCGAGGUCGAUGUGCCUUGGCUCUGAGCCGAAGCGUUUCCGUCUCGGCCCAGGAUCGAGACGGUGCGCCUCGGCUCUGAGCCGAGGCGAUGGGCCUCGGCUCCAAGAGCUGAGGCGUUUUCACCUCCGCUCAGAAUCGAGGCGGUGCGUGUUUGGUGACGCCCCAGGUCUUCUUUUUUUCUUUUUUCUUUUUUAAUGUUUGUGCACCUCGCGUGCAUUUCCUCAUCGUCUCUGUGAUCCCCCUUUUUUUUUUUCUUUUUUAUGAUUCCUUGUUUUGUUCAAUGCUUCUUUGUUUUGAUCAGUGCCUCUUUGGUUGCUGGCAGAUUGGUUAACCUUGCUCACUAACCAGGUGCUAUGUCUUCGAAAGCGGACCGGUACUUGUCGCGGUACUUGUCGCGGUUUAGACAAAAUCCGCCUUCCAAGAAGAUCAAGACGGAUAAGAGAGGAAAGAAGAGUCAAGCAGUCGUGGCCGAGGAGGUGACUCCCGACCUAAAUUCUAGGCCGACGAGGUUGUCUGACCCAUCCACACAACCCCCGGAGCAGGGGGAACUUCUUCAGUCCGGAACUCACAUGCCUGGACUAACCUGAUUCGGCUAGGUGCGGACGUGCCUCCCGGAGCUUCAAUACUAAAUGGGAGCAUCAAUGCCGCCGAGUUCGCAUCGCGCUUUACCCCUCCCGCCGAUUUGCAAUUUCUUAGUACCCAGGACGUGACCGUGCUACAUGAGCGAUAUCUCAAGCACAUGCUAGAGGCUAUGCUGGUAGGACAAGUCUUUCAUGCUCAGUGCGAAAUAAUAUGCACCAAGGCCCUCGCAGAAAAGAGCAACCUUCAAGAGCUGUUAGCUGCACGCGAAGAUGAGCUGGGGAGGCUGAAGGCAGAGCAGGUAGCAUUGGAAGAUGAGCUGAAGCAGGAGCAAGAGCAUCAUGAGAAGACUCGUGCUACUAUUGCAGCGCUGAGAGAGUCCCAUGCUAUAGCCCUUAAUGAUGCGGAGGAGACCUACAAGCGAUCUUCCAAGUUCAAGGUUGAUGCGAAAGAUUAUAUGGGCAGGACUGAGGGAGCUAAAGAGUUUUUGAAAACCAAGGUGGGCCAAGAAGCAAUUGAGGCAGAAUCUCAGGUCGCAUUUGACCUCGGAAUGUACACCAUGCAACAACAGAUUUAUCUGGUGCUUCGCGAGAACCAUCCCAACUUCGACCCAUUGGCCAUGGGCUUGCCAGUGAUGGAUGAGAAUCCCGACCCCGACGCCAAAGGACAAAAAACUGCUAUUGGUGAUGCAGUUGUUACUGUCAGAGAUGCUAUUGAUGGAGAUGUUGUUGAUUGCAAGAUGUCUCACCUUUUCGAUCUCUCUCCGGUGAAUACCUGUGAUGUUUCCCAUGCUUCCAUGGAAGAUGUACUCGUCAAAGAUAUCACUAAGACUGAGAAUGAAUAGUUAUUUUAUAAACGAUGCGAAUAAUGCUUAUUUCCCGCUUGGUUUUGAUAUUAGUACUUGCCAGAACCCAAUAAAGCUUGUCGCUCAAUAACAUUUCCCUUAUGAAAA